ACCCUAUCAAUAAGGUUCAGUUAGCCAAGGUGGAGGAUGGGAGCAGCAUGGAACUGUCCCAGCUCCUCAAUGAGAUCAGGGCAAACUAUGAAACGCUCCUCAGCCGAAGUCAGAUAGAGACCGUCCUCUCGGCAGGGACCCAGCUAGAAAAAGUCACAGGUGAAAGAAUGAACAAAGAUGAAGAAAUCUUAAAAGCAGCCAGGGCAGAACUAAAUGAAGCUAGACGUCAGUGGCAUCAUAUGCAGACUGAAAUAGACUCUCUUCAUGCCACAGAGAGGGGACUGGAAAGUUCCCUGCAGGCCACAGAACUGCGAUACCAGACACAGCUCAAGCACUUGGAAACAGAGAUUGAAGGCCUGGAGAAGGAACUCCAAGAAGUGCGGCAGGACAUUGAAAAACAGCUCCAGCAACAUGAAAUAUUAUUGAAUUCCAAGAUGAGACUUGAGCAGGAAAUAGCUACAUACCGCAGUCUGCUGGAGAAGGAAGAGAAAAGGUUUCAUUGUUCAAAACACCAAGAAAGAAAAGAUGUUAGAAAACCUACCACCAGCCGAAUAGCAUUUAUUUUACCUUCAUCAAGCAAGCUAAAAAAACACAAAAUUGAAAAAGUAGAAAUACUGACAAAGCAAGUGGUCUUAAAUGGAGGUGUUGCCAAGGAUAGCACAGAAGCUCAUGGUACAAUACAGACAGAAAAAGUAGAUGAAGUGAUUAAAGAAUGGGAAGGUUCUUUCUUCAAGGAUAACCCUCACUUAAGAAAAAAAUCUGUUUCUCUGCGCUUUGAUCUUCACCUGGCAGCCACAGAUGAAGACUGUUUACAUAUUAAACAGAAAAGUCUGCCUGAUAUUGAAGUGAGAUUGGUUAUGAGACGGUCUUGCAGCAUCCCAUCGAUCAAAACUUAAAUCAGCAUCGAUUUACUCAAAGAUUAUUCAUGGAAUGGAUAUUUAUUUCAAAAAUAAAUAUUGGUAUGAAUCUAGAAAAAGUACAUGAUCACUUCUUAACUAGAAGUGCUGUAUAUUGUUUCAACUAAUAUAGCUUUCCCCAACUGACACCCUCUACAUGUGUUGAACAACUUCCAUGAAUCAAAGAUCAUUGAGGGAUUAUGUGAAUUAAGAUACUAUGGGAAAAGGUGAACAAAUACGUAUUUCUGUAACUCAGAAAUUCUUCUAAAGAUAACUAGAGAAGGUUAAGGGCCUUGCUUUGCAAACUCAUAUUAGGUUAUUGAUAUAUAUAUAUCUGAGGAAAUGCUUUGUGUUUUUGUUUUCCUCCAAAUACUGUUUCUUUGCUUUUAGAACUUUUAACAAAUAUUUAAGCACUUAAUGUGUUCAAAGAUUUGUUUUUGUAGAACUAAGUACUAAUAAAUGUAAGAUCUACAAUUAAAAGGGCUUAUCCCAUGGAGAGUUAAGAAUAAUUUUACUGUAUCUGGCCAUUGAUAUAAUUAUCAUAAGUAAA